GUUUGCUCUUUUUAGCGGGUCAAUUCAAAAAUUCCCCAAGGUAAAAACCCGCGAAAGCAAACACUUUUUUCUGGUGAAUCUGAAAUUCGGGCUCAAGACCCAUUAAUCAUUUUUCCAUAAUCUGCUCUCUCAAGUCUCCGGCUUUUCGUUUGAGAUUUGAACAUGUACGGCAGAAAGGCCUCCCAAUUGGUCAAAGAAAUCGCAACCAGCGAAAAGGGCCAGCUCACCCCUUUCAGUAGUGACCUGUUUGAUGAAGUGAUUGAAGAAUGUAAACAGCACUAUCAUGAGCUUGAAUGCUUGAUAAGGAGAAUGGAAGAACAAGGAUUAAAUGUCGAAACAGCUAAAAAUGAGGACCACUAUGGAGCACUCAUCCACCACCUCUCUUUAGUUCGCAAUAAACGCUGCUUAAUGGCAUAUGUGUACAACCGAGCAGAAAUUUUACGAACUCUGAUGUGGAAGGUAGGGUCUGUAAUUCCUGAAGAAAUUAAAGAGAAACUCAGUUACUCAGAGAAAGAGUACAUUACAAAACAUUCAGCAUCUCUGAAAAAAUAUAUGUCAAGUGUGGAACUCGAUUUGGAAGUGGAUAUGGUACCACCAAAAGAUCCCUACAUCAAGGUGAGAGUCCUCGAUGACUUGGGUGGAGAGAUACUACUGAGUGAUGAUAAGAAAGCAAAUUUUACUCGCCACUCAAUGCAUUUUCUUAAACGAACUGAUGCCGAGCAGCUCAUCUCACAGGGCAAGAUGGAGGAGCUCAAAGACUAAUUGGCACAACCUGCUAAGCCGUUGUUCCUUGAACUCUAUAUAUUGUGUUGUUAUAUGAUCAUUGUACGCUUAGUGUUUCUUAAUAAUGUAGUUCUCUGGCUAGACAAGGUUCCCUGCAGAAAACAUUAUAGUGAAGUUGAAAGGUGUAUAUACUUCCCAUAUGAGGCCUGAUGAGCUUAAGACGGUGUGAAUUAACACUAAUAUUGGACAUGUUUCAUGUUUGUUACAAGAUCAAUUGGGACACUUUUAUGGCUGUGUCCUAGGUGAUUCCCAUUUGGUUCCUAACAACCUAUUUGUUUCACAUAGGCACCAGCUAGCUGUGCAUUAAAGUUAAAUGUAUGAGUAUGGUUCUCCAGCCACUCAGACUUCCAGUUGGUAAUUUCAUAUACAAAUAUUAUGAGAAAGAUACUCCCCUUGUAUUUCACAUGUAUAAUAAGAAUGGUCUAUUGGGUUCUGUUCCUU